GCACGGUUGAAAGGCCACGACAAGAUCCACUGCGCGACAGAUUGAAGCAGGCAGCAGUCCAUAGCAGAUUCACUGUAUACCUUGUCCGACGUACACAAAUCCCUUCCAUUGACUGAUAAUGUCCCAAGCGCAAGAUAACGUGGACGACGAGUUUGCUCCGACUCAGACUCAGGGCUACAAGGUUGGAGAGAGCAAGACCGUAGCGGAGCUCGCAGCUUUGGAUCAAGAAGAUGAAUCUCUCCAACGAUGGAAACAGUCUCUGGGAAUCGCAACUGGUCCAGGAGGCUCUAAUGGACCCAAGCAGAUCAUCCCGAAGACACUGUUCCUCAGCUCUCCGACGCUUUCUAAACCUGUCUCGAUUGAAUUCGACAAAUCCAAGGACGCAAAAUCGCAUCCGGUGACUAUUAAGGAAGGCGUGGAGUACUCUGUCGGAAUCACGUUUCUUGUUCAGAAUGAAAUCGUCUCUGGCCUAAAAUACAUUCAAGUCGUCAAGCGAGCCGGUAUCACAGUCGACAAGACAGAAGCGAUGCUUGGCAGUUACGGUCCACAGACCGAGGCAUACUCCAAGACGUUCGCAUCGGAUGAAUCACCUUCCGGCAUGUUAGCCAGAUCAGGAACGUACAAUGUCAGAUCACGAGUGGUUGAUGAUGACAACACCAUCUGGCUAGACUUCGAGUGGGCGUUCAAACUCGCCAAGGAAUGGUGAAGGCGAUGUGUCCGUCAGGACUUGCUUGACAUGACCUUUUUUUUUCUCUUUUUACGAUACGAUAUGAGAUUGAUGUCGGUCAGAGGAUCAGCGUGAUGAUGCAUGGGGAGCAGCUCCUUUCAUAACGUGUCA